GACACGCGCGGAAAAUCGGGUAGACGGGGAGUAGACUGUGAGCAUCGUGUGCUGUCAGACCAUUUAUAUAUUGGCUUAUAUAAUUCUAAUAGGCAUCGGCAGAUUUUCUCAACUAUUCAUAAGCGAUCAGUGAUUCAGUGGCGUUUCGCGUUUCGCGUUCCUCGCUUCACUAAUCUCAUAAUUACAUCAAAUUUCUAUCCUAUGAUUAACAAAAGUAUCGACGAACAAAUCAUAAUACUGUACGGUGAACAAAAGUGGAAGGAUAUAGUCGAUUUAAAUUUGAAUUCGUAUAAAUUUGAUAAGGGCAGACUGUGUUGGGUGCUGCCGACCAUUAACGAUUUACAUUGGUUGAAAGAAGUAAUCGAUGAACAUAACGUGGGUGGUCUUGCGAGCAUAGGAUGCGGAUGUGGUCUGUUCGAAUGGUUGUUUCAAAAGUAUUCCGGAUCAGAAGUGAUCGGCGUGGAACUUGAUCGGUCAUGGUGGCGGAGCAAAUACUCGCCACCCGUGUUCUUGACCGACGUCAUUUUUGUGCUCGGAAACGAGUCGAACGACCGUUUUCUAUCGGGAAAGUACGCCCUAUUAUUUUGUUACUUCAACAAUGGAGCAGCAUUUCGCGAUUACAUUGAAAAUUACAAAGGGAAUCUUAUUCUCGUGAUUGGACCGAAACCGGGCGAGAAUCGUUGGACGGAUCCGAUGCCGUUCGACUUAAAAAAGUUUCAUGACCACGGCUGGAAAUUGACCUGCGAAAGAAAAAUGGAACGUACGAGAGACUAUAUUACCGCUUAUACCAAAAUUUGAUCCUUCCUUCGUGUACUAAUCAUAUUUCACAUGUGUACAUUUUGUAAAUACAAGCAGAUUCUAUGUAUUCAGUGGA